AUGGGUGACCAAAAACAAUAUAUUAUGGGUGAACAUAUUGAGGGUUUUAAGAAGGCUUUCCAACAAGCCAAACAAUUGUUUGGAAUGUCCUUGACUGACGAUCGAUUUAAUAUUGAUAAGGAUGUAUGCCAGGAUUGUUUGGUCACUUUGGAAGACUUGUCAGAUGACGAAAAGUCCUGCCAGGAUGUGGAAGCCGAUAACCCUCGACUACCCUUUCCUUUAUCGUUGCCUCCUAGAUUUAUACCCUUCUUCGCAACUCCUCGAGCAAGUCGAGCUCAACCUCAUGCACUCUUAAUUCUCAACUUCACUGACCGCCUCUCUUGCAAGGAAGAUGAACUGUUACAAUGGAAGCACUCAAGAUUAGUUGGAGACUGUCUUGUUAAAAACUAUGCCAACUUCCAAGAAUACCUUUGUGAGUACGUGAUGAUGGGGAGAGCACCAUGCAGCGAUGAAAGUGGAUUGAAGAAGGGACCUUGGACCCCAGAAGAGGAUAAUAUAUUGGUGGAAUACAUUCAGAGACAUGGGCAUGGGAGUUGGAGAGCACUUCCAAAUCUUGCAGGAUUGAACAGGUGUGGAAAAAGUUGCAGGCUAAGGUGGACAAACUAUUUGAGGCCUGAUAUCAAAAGAGGAAAAUUCUCUGAGGAAGAAGAGCAACUCAUCAUCAGUUUACAUGCAGUUCUUGGGAAUAAGUGGUCUUCUAUAGCAGGUCAUCUGCCAGGUAGGACUGAUAAUGAAAUCAAGAAUUUCUGGAACACUCAUUUAAAGAAAAAGCUUAUGCAAAUGGGGUUAGAUCCAGUGACUCAUCGUCCAAGAUCGGAUCACCUUGAUCUUCUAUCCAUUCUUCAACAGUUGCUGGCUGCUACAAACAUUGUCAGUAAUUUCACAAACACUUGGGACAUUAAUGCUCUAAGGCUGCAAUCAGAUGCCACACAACUAGCCAAACUCCAAUUGCUACAGAACAUACUUCAAGUUCUUGUGGCAAGUCCUGCCUCAAACAUGGACCUACUCAAUCCUUUUGGACCAUCAUCUUCACUGCCAGAUGGUUUCCUAACUGAAGUGUUGGGAUUGGAUCAGUCCAAGCUCCAAAACCUUUACAAUGGUUUUCCUUCACAAAAUCAGCCAAUUUUCCAAAGCUUUGUUGAAGCCCCUCCUCAGCAGCAAGCUCUAUCCACUGGGUAUCACCUCAUGAAUGGAGGAAGCAACAGGAGUUGCAUGAAUUCUGAAAAGGUUGACAAACAACUUGAUGCCCCAUAUUCAACACCAUUAGAUUCUCUUCCAGAUCUAGCUUCUGCCUCACCUGAAUGUUCCACUGGCAAGCAAAUGGAAAACAAGGUCAACCCAAAUGAGUUUUCUGACCCUUCUUCCACUUCAACCACCUUUGAAAUGUGGGGAGAUUUCAUGUAUGAGGAUGUCAGCGAUGCUUAUUGGAAAGAUCUGAUAGAGUAA